AUGCCUUCGAAGAAGAAAAAGUAUAAUGCACGUUUUCCGGCGGGUCGCAUCAAAAAGAUAAUGCAAACGGACGAGGAAGUUGGAAAGGUGGCCCAAGCUGUUCCCGUGAUAAUCUCUAGGACAUUGGAACUGUUCGUGGAAUCGUUGCUGACAAAAACGCUGAAAAUCACCAACGCAAGGAACGCUAAAACGCUCUCCCCAUCUCACAUGAAGCAGUGCAUUAUAUCGGAGAGCCGGUUCGAUUUUUUGCGCGAUCUUGUUAAAAACAUCCCGGAUAUGGGCAUUAACGAGGAGCUCUCCGGAUCGGAAGCUGGCUACGGUAAUGAAGGCACCUCACCGGCAUCUACCUCGACCUCGUCGUCCUCCAUGUCGUACUCGAAUGGAGCGGCAGCGGCAGCAGCCGCUGCUGCAUCGGCCACAAUCGGCAGUCACCUGCCGUACGAAAUGCAUCCAGUAUCGCUGCAACGUUCUGAAUCGUAUUCGCCAGCAUCAGUACCCUUCUCGCUGCUACCACACCACAGUCAGUCACACGGCAAACGAGGCCUCAGUCAGGGUGGAAGUUUAAACUUCUACAAAGAGAUACCGCUCGAGGAGACGGGGAGUCCGCCGCCACCCAAACUGAACCGCCUCAAUUCGGCCCCGGCCGGCGGUGCACCGACAGCUUUGCCAUUUAAAAUCGACAUCUUACCAAACCUCCCGACAGCGGCCGGCAUGGUCACGUCCCCUGCCGUAUCGAGCCCGACCGUCAAAAGUACGACCCAAACUUCCGGUGCCAUAACGCCACAGAUAACGUACAACUUCGAACGACUCGCAGCAGCACCGUCGACGAUGGUGCCAUCGACGGUUGCAUCCCUCGAACCAGUCAUUAAGCUGGACUAUUCUAACCUAAGAUUACCGGCGACGAGCGCGUCCCCGCAUGGGAGUUCUCGACGGUCGGCGACAACGCAGCCCACGAUCAAAAUUGAUCUCAGCAGCUUAGCAACCGGUGGCCCUCCGUCCGGUGACGGUGGGACACCGAAGAAACAUACGGAGGCUGGAGGUGGUAUGAGUAAACACUAUGCUUCACCCACCACCAGCUCCACAGCGAUCAGCCCAAUAGUUGUCCAAAGUCCGGUGGCAACAGCACCACCGCUCUUCGCAGCCCUAUCCUCUACCAUCCCAGGAAUGGAUGAGGACUACGACGAUAUUUAA